CAAACAUGGCUCCGAAUGGUGGGCGUGGCUUGAGUCCCCAGCUGCCAGUGCAGGAAGUGACCUUCUCCAGGAGUUACACUCACAGCACACUCACUCACCUACCUGACUGAGUGGGCACUCAGCUGGGCUCCCAUGCAGUGCCACACUCAGUGCACUACACCAUACACAUACAUUAAAUCAUGGUAAGUGAUCAGUCUGCAUGUAAACCAGCAGGGAUAGGGUUAAUGGAUGGGGUGUAUCAUACACAGAUUAUUAAACCAUGUGAUCCAGCAGGGAUAGGGUUAAUGGAUGGUGUUAUCAUACACAGAUUAUUAAACCAUGUGAUCCAGCAGGGAUAGGGUUAAUGGAUGGGGUUAUCAUACACAGAUUAUUAAACCAUGUGAUCCAGCAGGGAAAGGGUUAAUGGAUGGGGGGGGGUAUCAUACACAGAUUAUUAAACCAUGUGAUCCAGCAGGGAAAGGGUUAAUGGAUGGGGGUAUCAUACACAGAUUAUUAAACCAUGUGAUCCAGCAGGGGGUUAAUGGAUGGGGUAUCAUAACAGAUUAUAAACCAUGUGAUCCAGCAGAUGUGAUCCAGCAGGGAUAGGGUUAAUGGAUGGGGGGAUGGCAUCAUACACAGAUUAUUAAGCACAUACAUGUGAUCCAGCAGGGGGUUAUAUGGGUUAUAUGGAUGGGGGGGGGCAUCAUGGCAGAUACAUACACAGAUUAUUAAACCAUGUGAUCCAGCAGGGAAAGGGUUAAUGGAUGGGGGUAUCAUACACAGAUUAUUAAACCAUGUGAUCAGCAGGGAAAGGGUUAAUGGAUGGGGGGGCAUCAUACACAGAUUAUUAAACCAUGUGAUCCAGCAGGGAUAGGGUUAAUGGAUGGGGGUAUCAUACACAGAUUAUUAAACCAUGUGAUCCAGCAGGGAUAGGGUUAAUGGAUGGGGGGUAUCAUACACAGAUUAUUAAACCAUGUGAUCCAGCAGGGAUAGGGUUAAUGGAUGGGGGUAUCAUACACAGAUUAUUAAACCAUGUGAUCCAGCAGGGAUAGGGUUAAUGGAUGGGGGCAUCAUACACAGAUUAAACCAUGUGAUCCAGCAGGAUAGGGUUAAUGGAUGGGGGUAUCAUACACAGAUUAUUAAACCAUGUGAUCCUGCAGGGAUAGGGUUAAUGGAUGGGGGGGUAUCAUACACAGAUUAUUAAACCAUGUGAUCCAGCAGGGAUAGGGUUAAUGGAUGGGGGUAUCAUACACAGAUUAUUAAACCAUGUGAUCCAGCAGGGAAAGGGUUAAUGGAUGGGGGGGUAUCAUACACAGAUUCUUAAACCAUGUGAUCCAGCAGGGAAAGGGUUAAUGGAUGGGGGUAUCAUACACAGAUUAUUAAACCAUGUGAUCCAGCAGGGAAAGGGUUAAUGGAUGGGGGUAUCAUACACAGAUUAUUAAACCAUGUGAUCCAGCAGGGAAAGGGUUAAUGGAUGGGGGUAUCAUACACAGAUUAUUAAACCAUGUGAUCCAGCAAGGAUAGGGUUAAUGGAUGGGGGGUAUCAUACACAGAUUAUUAAACCAUGUGAUCCAGCAAGGAUAGGGUUAAUGGAUGGGGGGUAUCAUACACAGAUUAUUAAACCAUGUGAUCCAGCAGGGAUAGGGUUAAUGGAUGGGGGUAUCAUACACAGAUUAUUAAAUGAUGUGAUCCAGCAGGGAUAGGGUUAAUGGAGGGGGGUAUCAUAAACAGAUUAUUAAACCAUGUGAUCCAGUAGGGGAAGGGUUAAUGGAUGGGGGGGUUAUCAUGCACAGAUUAUUAAACCAUGUGAUCCAGCAGGGAUAGGGUUAAUGGAGGGGGGGGCAUCAUAAACAGAUUAUUAAACCAUGUGAUCCAGCAGGGAUAGGGUUAAUGAAUGGGGGUUAUCAUACACAGAUUAUUAAACCAUGUGAUCCAGCAGGGAUAGGGUUAAUGGAGGGGGUAUCAUACACAGAUUAUUAAACCAUGUGAUCCAGCAGGGAUAGGGUUAAUGGAUGGGGGGGUAUCAUACACAGAUUAUUAAACCAUGUGCUCCAGCAGGGAAAGGGUUAAUGGAUGGGGGGCAUCAUACACAGAUUAUUAAACCAUGUGAUCCAGCAAGGAUGGGGGGGGUAUCAUACACAGAUUAUUAAACCAUGUGAUCCAGCAGGGAUAUGGUUAAUGGAUGGGGGUAUCAUACACAGAUUAACCAUGUGUUCCAGCAGGGAAAGUGUUAAUGGGUGUGCGCAUUCUAACAGUCCAUAUGAAAGCAUUUCUCAGACACAUUACUGGGAGUGUUGUGUUGCUUUCUUAUGGAUGUUCUGCACGCUGGAUGCAAAUUUUGCAUCAAGCGUCGCAGAAGCGCCCCUAGCGGCGGUCAGGAAGACAGCCACUAGAGGCUGGAUUAACCCUGCAAUGUAAACAUAGCAGUUUUUCUGAAACUGCUAUGUUUACAUGUGAAGGGUUAAAACCUUGGGGACCUGGCACCCAGACUACUUCAUUGAGCUGAAGUGGUCUGGGUGACUAUAGUGUCUCUUUAAUAAUGGUUGGACCCUGGACAAGCAUUUGCUUGAGGCCCCCUGGAUCCUGCCUCCCCACUCCCUGGAAUGCAAUCACGCCCUCCACUGCAACGCAAUGGUGGAACUAAAGAGAGAGGUCCCUGGUGCAAGACUUCUUUUGGGGCCCCGCCAUUGCAAGGGUGGCCAAAAGAUAGAUCCCCAUCUGUCAUGCAACUCCAACAAUGCUUUGACAGCUGGGGCUCUACCAUUUCCCCAUGCUUGCAAGGUUGUUUUUAGCACUAAGCAUUGUUUGUGUGUUCAACCCCUUAAGGACCAAACUUCUGGAAUAAAAGGGAAUCAUGACAUGUCACACGUCAUGUGUCCUUAAGGGGUUAAAUUUAAGUAUGUUUUUGUAUGGAGUCUGUGUGAAUGUAGAAUGUGGUGUUGGCGUUUGAAUGCAAGUAUCCAUGUAGUAUUUGUUUUUGAAUGCAGGGAUGUGUUUAUAUUUAAUUUUGGUGUUUAACACCGAGGUGUGUUUGUAUGUAGUGUUAAAAUUUCAAUACAGGGGUGUGUUUAUGUGUAGUGUUGGUGUUUGAAUGCUGAGAUGUAUAAACAUACACUGAUACAAAUGCAGAUAUACAGACACACACUGACAUACAUACACACAGAUACACAACUUGACACUCAUGCAGUUACACAAACACAAGAAUACACACAUUGACACACAUUCAGAUACACACAAUGACAACAUACAGAUACACAUCGUGACUCACAUGCAGAUAUACAGAUACAGUUAGGGGGGCUAGUGAGACAGGGUUAGAAGGGCUUGUGAGACAGGGGUAGGGAGACGGUUUGGGGGGGUUAGAGAGACAGGGUUAGGGAGUUAGAGAGACAGGGUUAGUGUGACAGAGUAAUGGGAAACCACACAAUUAAAAUAUAUUUUGCUUUGCCCCCUCCUGCUUACCUUCUGUCCAGGCAGGGGAGGCAAUAAUUAAUUUCAUAGUGGCCCAGUGUGCUGCUAGUGAACUCCUUGGUGGUCCAGUGUGCUGCUGGGGCUGCCGCGCAGUUCCGGCGCACUGAGAUGUCAGAGCGUAGGUUGGGAACCCAGCGCCUGUGCUGUGACACAGUGCUGCCUCGUUUGCCCCAUGUUAAAGACGGCUCUGCUUGCAUUGGGUGCUCUGUGUGCCCAUGAGGGUGCCUUUAAUGAAUGCUGCUCUGCCAAGGAAUAGCUUUCAUUGGGUGCCUGCACCAAGUACUGUCUGUGCCAAUGAGGGUGCCCUGUAGUGCGUGCUGUCUAUACCAGUUAGGGUGCUCUGCAAAUGGGUGCUGUCUGUACCAGUGAGGGUACUCUGCAAUGGGGUAAAGGUGCCCUGCAAAUGGGUGCUGUCUUACCAGUGAGGGCGCUCUGCAAUGGGUGUGCACCAUAAUAGCUAUGCAAAAAAAAACCCCGCUAUAAUACAUAUGAAACGGUAAAUAAUAAAAUACGCUAAAAUACACUUUUACCAUUGACCGCUAUUUUUAAAUACAUAAAUCAGUUAAUUCUUGUAUGGAUAUUAAUUUAAAUAAAAUGUGUGUAAUUCUGAUACAGUCAAAAUAUUGUCCAGGCUACACUGCUAACCAAAAGUAGUGAUUAGAGGUUUAUUUACUAAGCAUGGAUUUGAGGUGUUUAAUUUCCAAAUAUAAACAUGUCAUGUGUGGGGGCAGCUGCACAGCUUCCAAAUGGUGUGCAUUUCAUGCAUUCUGUAAUAUCUAUUAUUUCGGUUUGGGAACAAGAAACUGUCCACAUCCAUUUCCUGGCAAAUUUACCAGUACACUGAAUAGAGCAGGUAUAUGCCUAUCUCAAGCUGACUGUCCUACAUAUUUUGUGUAACAGUUGUUUUAAGGAUGGUAAUCAGGUAACUUUAAACACAGCAAAAGUACCUUGUCAUGGAAAGUUAUGUUAUAGCUGUAAAGGAGCAGUGUCGGCACCAUAUCCCCCACAUGCCAUUAUACUAGUUAUGGUGCCAUCAGGCUGCAGGUGCCAUCCUCCCAUUAGCAAUUUCAUCUAUAUUCUAACAUUCAUUGGCUGAGCCAGACCCACUUAGCCAAUAAAUGACGCUAAACUCUGGGUUUAAUUUAUAUUGCUGUUGUGAAAGUGAACUUCCAAGACCUGGGCUGCGGGUUCCUCUGGUUAACCAUUCAAACAGAAUGACUAAGAACCUGAUGUAGGGCGUCUGCAGUCUAAUGGCACCAUAACCAUUGACAUGCACUGGUUAUGGUGCCUUGAUUGCUCCUUUAACCCCUUAAGGACCAAACUUCUAGAAUAAAAGGGAAUCAUGACAUGUCACACAUGUCAUGUGUCCUUAAGAGGUUAAAACAAUGCCAGUUUUCUAAACAGGAAUCAGAAAUUAACAAUUGGAUUGUUAGCUCAUCUGCACUUCCUGUAUGGUAUUUUUCUGCAAAGGUUACGUAUUUGCCUUUUUAUCGUGCAUUUAGUGUAUCCUUUUAUUAGAAUGUACUCCUACCCAUAUUGAUUGUCACUCAGCUAAACAGUGGGACAUAAUUCAUUAUGUGUUUAUAUCAUGGAAAAUAAAAAGGGAUGAUCUACUAAUCCCCCAAAAUUACAUUGUUGAUGAUGCCUUUAAUAGAAAGGAAUGUACUAUCUUGGUUUAGAAAUUGCUAUACACGACUCUCACACUGUGAUUUUUCUUACAUUUUCAGGCUGGCACAAUGAUAGUCGCUGGCUUAACCAUAGCAGCUGCUGGAUUUGCAGGUUUGUACAGUAGGACCACCAGAGGGAUUCUUUUUUUAGGUUUUAUUUUUCAGAAUGAUCUGAAUAGAGUAAUGUAAAAAGCUUAGCAAUCUGAGGACUUAAUACUAAAACUGUAUUUGGAAUGUCAGCCUUGCAGUUAUUCUGAGUUGUGAUGGUGCUUAGAAUGACCCUUUAGUCCUCUACAAAACCAUUUUUAUUUUUUUUAUUUUGUUAAAAAGGUUUACCCUCUCUUUCACCUCUUGUAUCUGUCAACAUUAUUUCUACCCGUCUUACUUGUAAUCACUGUUGAAAAUGUUUUGCUAUAUUAUAGCCAAUAGUAAUGAUACUCUGUAACCUUGCCAAUUGUUGUAACCAGUGUUUUGUGUUUUUUUUCUCUGUUAGGACGGUAUGCCUUUCAAGCCAUGAAACACCUAGAACCUCAGGUGAAGCAAGCUCUUCAGACCCUGCCUAAGUCGGUAAGACACUUCCAAAAUCUUCUAAAUAGAGAAAUAAGGGAUGAUCCAUUGAAAUAUUGCUGUUCUUUUGGGCUUUAUUUUAAAUAAUUGUUACAAGAUUGAUAAAUGUUGGUGUGUUUUCUGAAUGUUUACUUCAACAGUCUUUUUGUUGGCAGUUGCAUUUUAUUUAUUAAUAAUCACACUUUUUAUGUCAACAGUGUGUUGUUUUAUUUUUCCUUCUACUUCGCAAGUUCAUUUUUGGAGUAGGAAGUGUUUUCAGUGUAGAAAUUGAUGUGAGUUUCCAUACACAGUGCUUAUUUUUCAUCUGUCAUACUCCCUACACCCUCCACUGAUCUAGUGCUAGAAACGUUUGUGAAUUGCACAGUGAGGCUCACUAAACAUAGACAUGUUUCAGAUAUGAUAACUGGAUUUUCAGGAUUUAGGACAAAAUAUAGAAGGGUUUGGAGGGAAAAAAGAUGCCUAUUUUCCUGGUAUAUAGUGCCAGUACCAGUGGGGGUUUGUAUCCUCCUGAUGGACAAGCCGACUGUAAAUAAAAAAUUUAAAUAGUCCCUCCUACUUCCCCUUUAAAACCCCGGACUUACCCCAGGACUUUCAGUAUUCUUUCAUGUCCCAUUCGGGAUUGGACACGAUGACUGUUCCUUGAGUCUGGUGGGGAGCACAGGUUGCUGUCACAGGAUAUAACACACUUUUGGGAACUAAAAGUCCAUUCACUGAGUGCUCCUUUUAUACCCUAUGUCUUUAAAUUAUAGCCACACCUUCAAAACGUUCGAAUUCAAAAUCAUUGGCAUAAAAAGGGGCAGAGCUAUAGCUGCCGGCGUCUGAACUGCUGGAGACAUGAGAGGGACCAUGGGCAACAAAAGGUAACGUGACACUAGUGAGGCGUCAAGUGUGGAAGAAGGUUUUCCUGCUGAACAUUUGAAAAGGUUCAUUAAAGAGGUAUCGGCAGUGUUAUCUGAGGAUGAAGCUACAAAAAAGAUUAGGGGUUUCCUGAUAUUCCCUGAAGUUAUUAGAAUUUGUACAUUGAGAAUGGAAGAAUCCUGAGAAAAGGUAAUUCAUUUCCAUUUUAAGGAGCUUAUCAGACUUCAAGAAGGUUUAAGUUGGGGAGAGCUACCAUAGGUAGAUACACAAGUGCCGCAACUGUCCAAAAAGACCACACUACCCAUCAGUGAAGUAUCUGGCCUUAAAAAUCCAAUGGACAGAAGAGCGGACACGUCCUGCAGACUAAUCUUCCAAACAGCAGGGUUUCAAAGUAAAGCUGCAAUUGCGGAAGUAUCUGUCAUGAGAGCACAAAAAGUUUGGCUUCAAGAAAUUGAGAGUUGUCUGAUGGAAGGAUCGGAAAAAUAAAUUCCUCACCUUUUACAAAAUAUAAGGUUGGCUAAUGAUUUUAUGCUGGAUUUAUCUGAGGAAGGCCUUAAAUUGUCGGCAUGUUUAAUGGGACUUGUUUCAGUAGCCAGAAGGGCUUUAUGGUUGCGUUUAUGAUCCUCUGAUACAGCAUUAAAGGUUUCUUUAUGUGAACUACCACUAGAAAGUGCAAAAUUGUUUGGUUCCUGCAAGAAAUGAUUAAGCAAAUGUCCGACACGAAAAAGGCUUUACCUCCGGAAAAUAGAUAUAUGCCAAAUUUUGAAAGAUUCCAAUACCAGCCUAGAAGAUCUGGGAAGUUUGAUAGGAAUCAAAUUUUUUUUUUUUUGAAAACCAACAAGAGACAACAAGUUUCAAGACCGAAACCCUAACAAACAAGACAAAAAGAAGAGGUUCUGAUGCCAAAGUAGGUGGACGACUACAACUUUUUACAAGGCAUGGGAAGAAUCGACAUAAACCCAUGGAUUUUGGGGGUCAUAAGAGAGGGCUACAAAAUCAAGGUCUCAGAAACUCUGAAACCUUGUCUUCUCCUGUCAUCUUACCCAUCUCAAAAGAAAAAGGAAGCUCUUUGGUCAGAAGCUAUGGCACUGUUAAAAAAGGGUGUGAUAGAAAGAAUGCCAAGACGUCAGGAACGAAAAUGGGUAUAUUCCAGAUUCUUCUUGGUCCCAAAGCCAGAUCAGUCAGUCAGGCCUAUUCUGGACCUAAAGAAUAUCAGCAAGUAUAUUUCGUACCAUAAAUUCCAGAUGGACACAAUUCACUUUGUCACCCAUUUAUUGAACAAAGGAAAUUUUAUGGCAACUUUAGACCUAAAGGAUGCCUAUCUUGACGUUCCCAUGGCGUUACAAUCAGGACGUAUCUAAGGUUUGCAGUUCACUCCGGUUCCAGUUUCCAUCAUUUCCAAUUCAAGGCCAUUCCCUUCAGGCUCGCAAAAUAUCCUUACGCCAUUAACUGCAAGAUUAAGGGAAAUGGGUGUUUCUUUAAUCCCAUACCUGGACGACUGGCUUAUCAUAGCCGACUCAAGAAGUCAUCUGGAAAGGGAUCUUCAAACAACGAUGUGCAUGCUCAAAAAUCAUGGUUGGAUUAUCAAUUUUAAAAAAUCACAGCUUUUGCCAACCCCAAAAAAUCCAUUUCUGGGUUUCAUCAUAGAUGCCAAUAAGUUUUCUCUUGUGAAAAGACAAAAGAUAGAGGAAGAAAUUGUGUUUCUUUAAGAAGAACAUGUUUACACCAUAAUGCAAGCAAUGAGUGUUCUGGUUACUUUGACAUCCACAAUUCCAGCCGUCAGAUCGGCAAUACGUCCACUUCAAUGGGAAAUCUUAGCUCACUGGACAAAAAGGGACGAAGACCUAGAUGCAAAACUCAGCCUUAUGACAGAAACCCGAGAACAGCUAUUUUGGUGGAAACAGUCAACAUUUCUGUCAAUAAGUUUUCCUUUCCAGCAAAAAGAGUGCGUGAUUAUCACAUGGACGCAUCAAAUCUAGGAUGGGGAGAGCACAUCUACUUUCACAUUUCCAUCACGGGCUGUGGAAUCCAGCAGAAGGAAAACAUUCUUCCAAUUACAAAGAGCUCAAAGCAGUCUGUAUGCUCUAGUAAAAUUCAAACAUUGGAUUCUGAUCAAGGCAGUAAAGAUACAGUAGGACAACAGCACGAUGGUAGCAUAUAUCAACCGUCAAGGAGAUACAAGAAUCAGAGGCCUGCACGUUCUUGUAGGGAGAUUAUGAUGUGGUCACAGAGGCACCUGGAAUCUAUUUAGGCUGUUCACAUAAAAGGCGAGCAAAAUGUGGUAGCAAGCGACCUCAGCAGGAACAAAUGGUCACAAACAAAUUGGUCUCUGCACCCUCAAGAUUUGGUCUUCCGGUAAUAGAUCUAAUGGAAAGGAAAAGGAAAAGUCCUGAAGUUUGCUUCACUGUUCAGACAGGACAACCCUCAUGUUCUGGACAGCAUGUUGAUCCCCAUGCUUUUCAGUCUGGCAUAUAUUUUUCCUCCUAUCCUAUCCCAAUGAUCCCGAGAACUUUACAGAAGAUCAAAGCAGAAGAAGCUCGAGUGAUUGCUGUCUUCCCAUACCAGCCAAAUCGGAGCUGGUUCUCGGCAUUGCGACUUAUGGCACUGGACUAAUGGCAGCUUCCUUUCUCAGAUUACUCUUGGAAAAUGUAGUUCUUCUGGAAAAAACUAUUUGCAUGUUCAGAUUGACAGCCUGGCUUUUGCAAGGUUAAUUCUGAAGAACCAGGGUAUUCCAGAUAACCUGUUUCAUACAAUUCUAAACUCCACCAGAGCUUCUAUGUCUAGUAUCUAUUUGAGGAUUUGGAACAAAUGUCUCCAUUGGUGCGUUCGGCAUAAUUGCUUUCAUUGCCAUCCCUGUGUCAAGACGCCUCUUCAGUUUCUGCAAGAAGGCUUUGAAAACGGUCUCAGUGUCUCUACUUUAAAGGUUCACACUGCGACCCUCAGCCAUUUUUUGCUCCAAGAGCUUGCAACAUGUCUGCUGAUUAGGCAUUUCUUCAAGUCCAUUCUUCUACAAAGACCACCUUGUAAAUUUCAAUUCCCUUCCUGGGAUUUAUCUCUAGUGCUACAGUCUUUAUUUGAAGCUCCAUUUGAACCACUUGAAGGUGUAUCAUUAAGAAUUCUGUCUCUUAAGACUAUUUUCCUGGUAGCAAUUACCUAGGCUAGGAGAAUUGGGGAGAUUGAAGCCCUCUCCUCUUCAUUGGAAUUCACGAUUUUCCAUCAGGACAAGGUUGUACUGCAUACUAAGUCUUCUUUUUUACCGAGAGUUCUUUCAAGAAAAACUCUGAAUAAACAUCUGGUGCUUCCAUCAUUCUGUAGUUCGGGAAGUUAGGAUCAAGAACAGAAGUGGCAUAACCUGGAUGUUCGCAGAGCACUUUUGAUUUACUUAUCCCGUUCAGAAGAUUUUAGUUCCUCCUGUUUAUUAAUUUUCAGGGAAAAUAGAAGGGUAUGGGAGCAUCUAAACCCACUCUGGCAAGGUGGUUAACAAACACCAUCAAGUUGGCUUAUGAAUUGCACAAUGUUCAAUUACCUUCCUCCUUUAGAAUGCACUCAACCAGAGCCAUGUCCACUUCAUGGGAUGAAAAAUCCAACACUUUUCCUGAAGACAUCUGCAAAGCAGCAACUUGGUCCUCUUUUCAUGCCUUCAUCAAGCACUAUUGAUUAGACAUCUUCUCAUCCUCUGAGGCUGCUUUUGGGCGCAAGGUGCUUCAAGCUGUAGUUCGCUGAGACCCACCCUUUGAAUGUUCAAGGGAUCUUGUUAUGGUACUGCCACUAUAUGCCAGGAAAGACAGAAUUUUUACUUACCGUAAAUUGUUUUCCUUAAUAUAGUGGCAGUACGAUUCCCCUCCCUCUUUUGAUAAUACAUUUUAUAUUGAGCAUGAUAUGGCCUAUGGUGUCUUUUCUUUUCAUUUACUGACGGUCCUGGGGUAAGUCCGGGGUGUUUAAAGGCAAAGUAGGAGGGACUAUUUACAUUUUUAUUUACUUAUUUACAGUCGGAUUGUCAAUCAGGAGGAUACAAACCCCCACUGGUACUGCCACUAUAUUAAGAAAAAAAUAAUUUUCGUGAGUAAAAUUUGUUUUUUCCAGGUGCGUUUGUUUAGCUUUUCCAUUCAUCGUAGGUUGAUGUUUAGUGAAUAAACCCAUUUGUCUUAUUCUUUAUUUUAUGUUAUGAGUAAUUAUAUGCCGGAUUAGAGAGUAACAUAUGUUUGUUUUAUUUAUUUUUAAUGCAUUGGAAUGAUUUGUUUUGUUUUUUUAAUUAUGUUUUCCCACCACUAACUGUAUAUUUUAUUUUUGACAAAAGGCUUUUGCUGGUUAUUACAAAGGAGGAUUUGAACCCAAAAUGAACAAAAGGGAAGCGGCAUUGGUCUUAGGAGUUAGGUAAGCCAAAUUUAGAGUAAAUCGUACUUUCUGUUGUAGAAAGGUGCUUAUAUCAUCAAGAAAAUCUAUUUUGUUGGGAUGCCUGUUAUUAACUAAUGGUGACAUAUGCAAACAAAGUAUUGUUGGGAAAACAUUCAGCAACAAAAAAAUGGCCUAUAUUUAUUCAUCUCUGCACCAUUUCUUUCUAUAUCCUGGCUUGCCGUAUAGGUUCAUUUGCAUGAAAUGCCUGUCUGUGCCUUUCUUAGAAGGUAGUUGUGAUUCCAGAUUGAGUUAACUUGUUUUUGUUCUCCAUAAACAUAUUAUAUGCUGGAUUCAUAGAAACAUAGGUAGCACAUCCCAAUCGAGUCUAUUAGCCUUUAGAAAUUCCAUUAUUCUACGUAUCUACCGCUCUUAUGUAAAUAAUCUCAUCCCAGACAUAAGUUGAUUAAAGUAUUGUAUAGAAAAUGCAUUCAAAAUAAUGUAAAACAUUAUUAGCUCAAAGACUGAAAGAUAAACAAGUACAAUCAUGUAUCGCACACCUAAUAAACAAGACAGACCAAAAAUUAUUACUCUCCAAACAGAUCUGCACAGAAUUUGCUAAUUACUAUAGCCAACUCUAUAACCUCAAAGACAAUCCUGACACUAAAUGCCCAACGACCACGGGUCUAAGGGACUACCUAUCUGAAAUCCCCCUACUGACAGUAGGGCCCCUGGCCCAGACGGCUACACUAACACAUACUACAUGACCUUUAAACACCUCUUAGUCCCCCACCUCACCAAGACAUUUAACCAUACAACACAAAAAGGGACCUUCCCCUCAGAAUUCUUAGCUGCAAGAGUAAUUACGCUCCUAAAACCAGGUAAGGCACCCACACACUGUCAGAACUUUCGCCCGAUAUCACUUUUAAACUCUGACACCAAAUUACAUGCCAAAAUCUUUGCUACGUGACUUAAAUCAAUCUUACCAUUGAUAGUCUCAGACCACCAUGUGGGCUUUGUGCAGGGACGACAGGGACUGGACAAUACAAGAAAAGUGGUAGACCUUCUACAAACUGUACACACAGACUAAACGCAAGGUCUGUUAAUUUCACUAGACGCAGAAAAAGCAUUCACUAUAACGAACGGAACGAGACAGGGAUGCACCCUGUCUCCGCUCCUUUAUGUACUAACCCUGGAACCUCUAGCAUAAGCUAUAAGACAUAACCUGAACGUACAUGGCAUACGGAUAGGGGAUAAAGAAUAAAAACUUGACUUAUUCGCUGAUGAUGUCUUACUGACUCUAUCCCAACCAGCCAUUUCCCUUCCAAACCUUCAAAAAGAACUACAAAGAUACAGCUUACAAUCAUACUAUAAGUUAAACAUCACAAAAACCCAAACAAUGGGAAUAGGCAUUGACAAUAGCACCAUAGGGAGACUUACAAAGAUAUUUAAUUUCGACUCCUACCUUCCACCAAACUGAUAGCCAUAUAGGACACAAAUAGACGUGAAGUAUGCUCCUCUACAAAAUGUUCCCCAGUGACCCCGCUGAAAACCAUACAUGUACUCAAUCCCACUUUCAAUUUUAAACAAUGGGCUGAACACAACGUAACCCAUUUACACCAAGUGUCUGACCAAGGCCUCACUAGGAGCUUUCAAGACCUAGAGACUAAGUAUAAGAUCCCACACACGGCCCACUUUUCAUACAUCCAAAUGAGCCACAUGCUCAGAAUCGAGAAGACCCAAAGAGAACAAGCAGACAUCACACCCAGUUUGAAACCAUGUGCCUGUACAUGCUAAAACAGGGGGAAAAAACACUAUUGUUUUGAUACUCCACACUCAUAGCAGAACCUCAAGACCCAGUAUGGUCCUUUCAAAAAGAAUGGAACAAAGAUAUAGGGAGAGAGUUAACACCCCAAACAUGGAAUAAGGCCUUUUCAGCAUUUAGAGGCGCAUCAUCUUGUGCCUCCCACUUAGACAUCUCUAGGAAACUACUGUACAGAUGAUACCUGACUCCAGAUAAAAUAGCUGAAAUGUAUCAAACACCAGAAAAUAAAUGUUGGAGAUGCCAAAAGGUCCCAGGUAACACAUUGCACAUAUGGUGGACAUGCCCACUGCCAGCACCAUACUGGUCAACAGUAGAUGACUUGAUCAAAUUUAGCACUGGAAAAAGGAUCAUACCAACUAUAGAAAGCUAUCUUCUAUUCAUAAUGCCAUCAGGCCUCCCGAAUCCGCAAGCUGGCUUUUCUCGCACUGGUAGCAGCAGUUACGCUACUGGCGAGAAACUGGAGAUCGGCAACGAUACCCUCCAAAUCGGAAUUGAUCCACCUGGUUUCCACCAAUGUAGACUAUGAACAAUUAGCAUCACCUCAUGGGCAAACAGGAUACACACAAAGAGAGGUCACUAAUAUAUGGCAAAAAUACAAAGAGGGCAACCCGCUACAACCACCAAAGUAGUAGAUAGUAUCUGGGUUCAAUUUGGUGCACGGUAGGCAGGAGGUACCAAACAAUGGGCACGAGCACAACAAAAAGGGCAUAUAAAAAGUAAAGGAAGGCACACACGGGCAGAUUGCAAUGAGUGUUUUGUUUCACCUUUGUAAAAAGGUUACACCCAGGGAUAGAAGGGAUGAUCUAGCAGGGUAUGUAUAAAGCACCUCCAAGUUAGGUAGGUCACCCUCACAAGCCGCGCCAACAGACAAAUGACAAGGUUCCCGGCGAUAGCUGGUUAAUACAGAACGAGAGUAGGCAAUAUUAACUGUCAUAAAAGAGGUAAUGUUUGACAGCUGUAUCAGUGAGACCGUAUCCCUUACCCCCUUUCUCUUCUGUACCCCAUUGUAUAUGUUUUAUAUUGGGAAGAACAAUAAAGAUAUAAAUUUAAAAAAGAAAUAGUAUAAAAGACACAUGUUUUGAAAGAGCCACAUAUUGUACUGUUUUUGCAGACAGGCAGACUCUUCCCAAACCAACUGGAGAUUGUCCAGUCAGUCUCAUACUGGUCUGUCGCAACUAAUCUUUUCCCGUACAUCCCGAUCCAGCAGAAAUUUUUGGGAAACACAACUUACCUGCCGCCCACAGUUAUUAUUUUUCCUAUCCACCCAACCAGCUGUAUUUUGUUGUUGGUUUUUCUAUUUAUUUUUAUAUUUUGUAUUGCUAUAUACUGAUACUGCAAGCCACUUUCAGAAAUUUGAGCAAUAAGUACAGUGCAGUAACGCCGGGUGCUCAUGGUGCUUAGCCAGACUAUUUAGCUGUUGGAUUUAUUUUUUUAUAUUAUUUUACGCACAUUCCUGCUAUUGAUCAUGUAAUAUUUAGCUGUCAGAUUGUAUUGACUACUCCAUAGCAGGUAUCUUUUUCCCAUCAGGCCCUUCCUGCUCUUGGGUGUGAUUAAGAAUUGAUUAUUCAGUAAACUGUUUAUCCUCUCUAUUGACUAACAACAUUUUGCCAUAAAAGGGAAGCUGUGUUUUAUUUAUAUACUAAACAUGCAUGCUAAUGAUUUUGACUUGUUUUUGUUUACUUGUUAAUGCUUUCAGUAUCUGGUAAACCUACAUAUUAUUACUUAAAGGGCCACUCCACUGCCUAAACACAAAAUAAAUCACAAUUUAGUAGAUGUUCCCCCAAAUGAAAACUUAUGUGCAUUAAAUUCUGAAUUUUUUAAUUGGGGGGUAUAUCUAAAAACGACUUACAAAAUCUACAUUUCUCUUGUCUGCAGCCUUUACAAGCCCUCCCCUUCUAACCCCGCCCAGACAUUCGGUGGCUGUCCAAUUACAGACUUCCCAAUGCAGCUCAAUGAGAAGUCUUUGCAAGGCAGGUGCUCUGGGCAAUUGCUGCCUCUUGAGUUUAGCUUCACUGAGCUAAACAAACCAGGAAGUAACAGGACUUGAUGUCUGAUUGAAAGCUAAGGGGGUGUAACCAUUUUAAUUUAUAAAAUAGUGGCAAUUUUGAAAAAGAGGACACACUCUUCAUACAUUAAGCUUUUCGACAAGCUAAAGUUUUUUAGGAGUAUGGAGUGUGCCUUUAACAGAACAUAUGUUUUGCAUGCCAUUGGCAAUGAAAGAGUCACAACUCCUGAUAUUCCUUAAAGGGACACUAAAGGCACCCAGACCACUUCAGCUCGUUGAAGUGGUCUGGGUGCAUAUUCCCAGGUCCUUUAACCCUGCAAAGGUAAUAUUUGCAGCUUUUUAAAAACUGCAAUACUUAUCUUUGUAGUGUAUCUCCACCUCUAGUGGCUGUCUUCCACUAUGCAUUAGGACAUCCAGCGUCACUGGAAUCCCCAUAGGAAGGCAUUAAAUAAUGUAUAAUGUCUUUAACCCUUUCUGCCCAGCUAUAUUUCCUGGCACUAUAAUUUCCCUGUAAUAAAACCCCAAUGAAGAUUUAGGUCUCACAUUGCUAGAUGUAAAGAACCAUUUUGUGGAGAUUGGGAGAUGGUGUGCAAGAAUGGGUAAUGGGGAGGAUGAGGCAUCCUAAUUUUGGUGUCUCAAGCUAAGGGAGUGCAGUUUGGGUGCCGUGAAUUCCUCCUGUUUGAAUCAAGUCAACUAAAAGUGUUUUGAUAAAUAACAAGUCACCGUAGGUUCCAUAUCCAGUCGUGUGAUGUAUUCUGCUGGACUCACAGUAAGUAGGGGUGGAAUCUCUGGUAUAUAAAUAGCGUGUAUCCAGGACUACCUAAGGCAACAGGGAUCGUGGCUAUUUUACCAGUAGGCCACAAAUGAAAGAAGAAUUCCCACUCACUCCCCGUGCUUGAUGUAGCACCAGGACUUAGUGAGGGCAGAUGGGAAAUAAUUCCUUGUGCCUCUUAGAAAGAUUUCUGGCUCUCCCAUAUUGAAUGUAAAGUAUAAGCAGUAUGUUCGCAGGCCUUAAUAGCCGUGCCAGUCCAUUACUUCACCUUGUUAUAAAUAUAUUUGGCACACAGACUGACGUGGGUAAAGCAGGAUGUUUAAAAAAAAGGUCUAUGCUUGCUGGUGGAUUCCAAUAGUUCUACCAGGCUGAUUCUCAUCAGUUGUUGGUAAUGUUAAGCAAGUAAGGGAUGUUAAUCCUUUUUUUUUCAUGGCAUUGGACGGAUAUGAUAAAAGAUACGAUUGUCUGGGGAGGGAGGAACGGCUAUAAAGAAAAUAAAGGGUAAUAAAGCAUCCAAGGGAAGAUGGCUAAAAUUGGACAGGGGGAUGAGGUCUCACUAUUAGAAGCCAUGUCAAGGGCCCAAUAAAACACAUGAAGCAGCCAUGACCCCAAUUAGAAGAGCCAGAUUUGCUGUUUCUCCGACUCAUGAUUUUGUGAGUUCAAAACAAUCUAAUAAUAGAGCGCUAUAUUUGGACGAGAGUGUGAAUAAGAUGGAUUCGAUUAAAACACAUUUAAAUUACUGCACGCUAACGGCAAAGUCAAACAUUGGGCUGUGAUACAAUAUUUUAAUAAUUCCUUUUCAGGGAAGUUAAAAUUAUUGUAAGCUAAAUUAUAUAAACAGUAAAAGUGCAAUCAAUUACAUUAACCUCUUCUCUCCCAACAUUUAUUCAUGUAAACAGAUACAUUUAGGCCAUGGUCCUCCACUUAAUCCCCUUUUCUCCAUAGCUGAUUUUCACCUUGCAGAGGAACUGCCAGAUCUCCAUUCUUAUCGAAAAAGACUGUAAAUUUCAUCCCAUUCCUCUCCCACCCUCUACAAGCUUUGUAGGUCAAACUUCACAGCUCCAUUCUAACAGUCCUCAGGGAGCACCACAUUGAUUCCUCCAAGUUUUCAGCCUGUAAUAGGUGGACUUUCUGUUCAGAUAAAAAGGUUAUUUUUACAUUCUGGUGGCAUUAUUCUGAGAAUAAUUAUGUGAAAUAAAAAGGCCACUUCCUCAAGCUUUAUUCCGAUUACACAUCACAAAAUUACUACUUCACACAUUGUUCUAAUCUUAAAUUGAUACAGUUUUUAUUUUGAUUAAUUCAUUUGGUCUUUACCUAAAUCUCAAGUAGAUAAAUUUUUAUAUGUUUAGAUGGUGUCUCUUGCCUUUCAUUAUGAAUGCAAUGUUUUGAAAUAUUGCCAUCAAAACAUUUAUUGCAGUAGUAGAAGGAAAGAAAUGAUUAUGCAGCUUUUUUUGUUUUUAAAGUAUUUAAUGCAAUUGGUGGUUAUUCCAGCCUUUUGUCCGAUGAACAUACUAUACAUUGCAUCUUUACUACAAACGAUCAGUGCUGUUAUGUGUUACCAUUUACAUAGCACCUACAUUCCUCAGCACUGUGUAAAGGACAGCUGAAACAUACAAUAAUGACAAGACAAGCUUGGUCUACAAGAAUAAGAGGUGAUGAUCGACCUGGUCAUAAAUGGUAAAGAAUCUGUGUCUUGUGAAGGAGUUGGCAAUUUUUACAUCUUUCAUUGUACUCAAAGUGAGCUGUCUGGCAGCACAGAAAGGCUAAUUCGGGCCGGUAUGUUGUGUCUGGAAUAUUAUCUGAUCCAUGUUUAUUUUCCCUUUUUCUCCAUCUUUCUGUCCACGCAGCCCGACAGCCAAUAAGACGAAGAUUAGAGAAGCUCAUAGAAGGAUUAUGUUGUUAAACCAUCCAGAUAAAGGUAAAUGUUUCUACCAGCAUCUCUCUCUUGUAAUAUACCCUGGGUCUAUUUUAACAUAUAAAAAAAUAAUUGUGAAAUAAAUCUCCAUUAUAUGUUCUGGUGUGUAUAUAAAAAGGGUAUGGGACUUUACUGUUUUGUAAUGCGUUGCUGCAUGUUUGAGAAACCAGGUAAUGCCAGCUGCGCAUAUAGAAACAAUAACAAAAAUCAAACGAUUUGAAAUGUGUUUGUUUUUUGAUAGACUGUUUGGUUUAUCAGCCAAUCAGAAGACCCCAAGAAGUGAAAUUCUGGUCGGUCAGUCAUCAUCAGUAAAUGCACACAUGGGAAUAAACUCUGUCUCUUUCUUUCUCCCCAGUAAAUGAUAUUAAAGCACAUUCUUUGUCAAAUAAUACAAUGGAAAUAAAUUUUAAAAAAAUUAAAUAAACUUCUCUCCUCUACACUUCCUUGUUCUGUGUAACUCCGGUAGUGCCAUACACAUGCACAGAACUGAUGGAGUUAAUUUACAUUUUAUGUAUAGACAAGCAAGCCAUAGAAGAUAAAAAAGUUUGUGCAUUGAUCCACUUUAAUGGGCACUGUCCAAGAUAAUGCAACAUUGCAUCAACGCACUCGUCAUGCUCACACUUGUAUAUCCAUGCUGUGGAAUCUGCUUUCAGAAGUCGGUAUUUUCCUUAAUCUGAUUUUCUUACAAUAACCAUAAUGCAGGCCAACCAGUGCAGCAACUUGUGAAUUCCUACUGAGAUCAGGUUAGAAAGUGCCAGGCUGUUUUGCAGUCCUCAGUACCAGCAAAGGGAUUAUCAGGCGACCGGAUGAGAGCUGUAUUUUCAGAAUGCAGUGUUUUCCUGUCGAAUAGCGGCAGUACAACUGGCUAUUUGCUCUAUACUGGACCGUUAACUGAAAAGGAAAUAACAAAUUACUUAUUCCCCACCUAUUCAUAAUAGAUGAUGAUGGAUAAAAUACAUAAGUCAUUCUUGCCUGUUGGACUGAUUGGUAACUGGAAGAAUGAUGCAGCUGGUUGGGGCAGACAUGAGUUUCUGACAGACCGCUGUACAGACCAUGUCGCCUCCUACUCCCUAGAAAUUUUAGAAGCCAGUCUCCCCUCCUUUUUCUUGGGAACACACCUCACAAAGAUGGAACCUCCCUACCUCACAGGAAGAGAAAAUGGCCAAACCUGGGCUUCUUUCAUUGUGAUGAUCCUAGCAUUGCCAAUGAUAUAUCCAAUAAACAAUGCAUUUGUAAUCUUACUACAUAGACCUGUUUCUUUAUUACGAUUACAGCCUUGUAUAAUGAGACACACAUACUGACGCCUUUCAUCUCUGCAGGUGGAUCCCCAUACUUGGCAGCCAAGAUUAAUGAAGCCAAAGACUUACUGGAAGCUCAGUCAAGAAAAUAAAGUUAUUGAUCAUCAUUACCUCAAACUAAUACUGGUUUAAAGGAAUGGGAGGGACAAUAAAACAAUGUGAAAUCACUAUCCCUUGUGCUCCAGCAUUUUAUUUUAUCUUUGGCUCAGGAACACAGAAUAAUCACUGUGUAAGGUGACAGCUGCUACGUCUUGUUAUAGAACACACUCACGUCUCCACAAUCAAUCACCCGUUUCAGUUAAAUCAAUAUAAGGAUUCCGUACAAGACAAGGCUAUUUAUUUCAUUUUUAGUACGUUAAAACUGACCUGUUAUUGACAAGGUCUGUUUCCGGUAAGUAUUAUAAGGUAACCUACACAUUGUGCUAAAGGAAAGACAACCAGAUUUAUUGAUUCCUUGAUACAGUUGUUUGAAGAUGCCGUCCUCGUCUGGACUCUGAGAUGCAAACUCGCCCCCCAUUCCUCCUCCAAUGAGCCUUAUUCUGGGAUUGAUCAUCAAGCUUUGUUUAAUGUGCACGUUAAUACAGGCAUCAUACUGGCCGUAUCCCUCGUAUUUCACAUAGAGGUAAAGCUGUGUUAUAUAAAAUGUGUAUAUAUAUUAAGUUUGAAUUUUUCUUAUUCACUAAAGGGAAUUUCAAGUUUACUCUGAAUUUGAAAGUUACUUUAGAUUUUCAUUUUAAUAAAUAACCCUGAUAUUGUUGCCAAUAAAGAAAUUCUGUAUCUUUUUAAAAUUCAAAUAAAAAUAA